AUGCCAUACAACAACAAUCCCAUCCCACGCCCAGCCAACAUCACCGGCUCCGUGUCGCUUCCUCUCGCGCGCGUCAAGAAAAUCAUCCAGGCCGAUGAAGACAUCAACGCCUGCUCCGCCAACGCCGCCUUCGCCAUUGCAGUCGCAACCGAAGAAUUCGUCUACUACCUGACCGAGCAGGCCCACAAGAUGGCCAAGGCGGAGAAAAAACCCAAGCGCUCUUUGGGCUAUACCCACGUCCAACAAGCCGUUGCCCGCCUCGACAACCUCGAGUUCCUGACCGACGUCGUUCCCAAGACCCAAAGCUACAAGGACGCCAAGGCUGAGCGCGAGAAGAAGAAGGCUGCCCAGGCCGCCGCCCAAGAAGCCGCUCAGGCGAACGGCACCGUUCCGAAUGGACAGGCCACCCUCACAGCUCCUGUGAUCAACGGUCAGCCAUCGAACAGUCAAGCUACGGCCGGUGCUGAGAAGCUUGAACCCGAGCCCGAGCAUGGAGGAGACGCCAUGGAUGUGGACCCGAAGCCGACACCUGCGUGA